UCCGUGAGGAACGGCGGGGCAAAGUCACUGCUUUUCUAAACUGCAGGCUCUCACGGUCAGUGCCGACAGCUGUUUGUUCAUGUCAGAGCAAAGGCUAGUUGAUGUCAUUCCAGACCACCUUUAUUCCAGGGCUGAGGAGAGGCAAACUGCUGCUACGUGGAGAUUACAUAACCAUAUGAAUAACACUAAGCGGACUGUUUACUUACCAAAGAACUUUAAAACCAACGAACGUGGAGAUUGAAUGAAUACCCAGGCUGUUGCAGGAGGAGAGGGCAGGACUGUGUGGUCAUGCUGAUUGGCUAGUCAUAUAUCUCCUUGUUCUGGGGAGUUUCUUUUAGAUUUUAGUGCUGUGAUUUCAUGUCAGUUUCUAAGGUCUGCUGAUAUAAAAGAAUCGAAACUGCGAAGGAAUUCACUCUGCUGUCAGCACAGUCGACAUUUCAAAGAUGUCAAGCACUGUGUCAUGUCGGAUUUUGCACUGUGUAAAAAAUGAAGGUGUUUGCUUGCGAGGCCAGCACAGACUGUACUCUGGGUGUCUCAGACCAAACAGCAGCAGCAGCAAUGUGAAAUGGAAGAGAAUGAAGCUCCUGAGCUCUCCCUUGCAGAACGUUCUCAGCAGGACCAAUAACAGCGUCUUCAGCGUGCGAAAGGUAUUCAGACAUUCAUCCACAGAAGAGGAGCUUCAGUUCCAGCUCACUCCAGUGCAGAUCAACAGGAUUCUCAGAGCCAAUGAGCAGUCGGUCAAGAUCCCGGAAUUUGACGGCAAGAACCUCAACCCCGUGCUCAAGUUCGAGAGCAACCAGCUUCCAGCCAACUCCCCGAACGAAGAUCGCAGGAGCGCAGCCACCUGCCUGCAGACCAAAGGAAUGUUGUUUGGGGUGUUUGACGGACAUGCAGGGUAUGUCUGCGCCCAAGCAGUGAGCGAGCGGCUCUUUUAUUACAUCGCUGUGGCCCUCAUGUCUCAGAAGAAUCUGGAGGAGAUUGAAUUUGCCAUGAAGCACAUGAAACCAAGGCUGCCGAUCCUGCAGUGGUACAAGCCCCCCAACCAUUACAUUUACAGGAAGUCUGCUUCGCUCUACCUGGACCACCUUCGGGUUUUCUGGCAGGAGCUGAUAGACCAUGACAAUGAAGAGGGCAUGGGCACGGGUGAUGCCCUGGCUUAUGCCUUCAAGAGACUGGACUCUGAUAUCUCCCUGGAAGCCCAGGUUCCCCUGGACAGUGACAUCAUGAGAAACAUGGCCAUUCAGGUUGCGUUUGCUGGCUCCACGGCCUGCGUAGCCCAUGUGGACAAUAUUGACUUACACGUGGCCAACUCAGGGGACUGUCGGGCAAUCCUGGGGGUGCAGGAAGAGGAUGGGAGUUGGUCUUCUCUGCCUCUCACACGUGAUCACAAUGCACUCAACCCAUCAGAGCUGGCACGAGUCAGAUCUGAACACCCUAAAUUGGAGGAAAACACAGUUGUAACUGGGGACAGAUUACUGGGUCUCCUAGUGCCUCUUCGGGCUUUUGGGGAUGUAUGCUUCAAAUGGAGCAAGGAGCUUCAGCAGAGCGUCUUAGAAAAUGGUUUUGACUUGGAAACCCUCGACAUCUACCACUACGCCCCGCCUAACUACCUCACUCCGCCCUACUUGAAUGUGGACCCAGAGCUGACCUACCACAAGCUCAGGCCUCAGGAUAAGUUCCUCAUCUUGGCAUCUGAUGGUCUUUGGGACAUGCUGAGCAAUGAUGAAGCAGUAAGACUGGUGGCAGAGCAUUUAACUGGCAUGCACUUAGAGGAGCCUGUGGCUGCCAGUGAGAGGCAGGUCAAGCUUGGGCACAUGCACAGCCUGCUGCUGAAGAGGCGAGCCAGGGCAGUGCCUUCUCUCGAUCCUAAUGUGGCCACACACCUGAUCCGUCACUCUAUCGGGACCAGUGAGUAUGGGGAGAUUGAGCAAGCACAGCUGGCUGCCAUGAUGAGUCUCCCUGAAGACCUGACCAGGAUGUACCGGGAUGACAUCACCGUCACUGUGGUCUAUUUCAACUCGGACCUAAUCAAAGCACACUAUAAGGAGAACAAUUUACGUUUCCUGUAGCACACUGCAAAGAUCUGUUCCCGAGUUUACCGUAGACUGCAAUAUAAUAUGUAUUAACUGUCCCUUGAGAAGCAGCAUUGUGUGUAUUCAGGGAUGCCCCUUAUUAACAGGGAUUUGAAAAAAUGAAGACAAGUUUGAGUAUGUCAGGGUAGGGAGACUUUAUCCAUUCAAAGAUUGUGACAUUUAUCAAAACAACAGCUAACAAAAAAACACAUCACUGGUACCUUUUGUAAAUGGAUCAUCCUAUUAAGGUCACUUUCUCUUUAAAUUUUGUUGAACAUGAUAGUAGUUUCUCCAGCUUUUGAUUUUAGUAAAUAGUCUCACUGUAGGCCUACACUCAUUAUUGUUCUUGUUUGUUUUUUAUUUUGGGUAAUGUUUUGUUUAUUUUCAGUCACGUUGUUUCCAAGGGAAUAUUUUGGGGUUGUCAGUGAUUUUAAAAUAGUCUCUGUCAUCUUGCUAAAGGCAAUGUUAUCUGUAAGUAUACAGUGGCCAGUUCCUUUGCGCUUGUUGAUGUGCAUACUCCAGUUCUGGCCUGUACAGUUUCUUCACUACAUCCUGUAUUCACUUUAUGUUUUUGUGAGUCUAAAUUGAGACAUUUAAAGCGCCACAGAUCUACAGUAUCUGUCAUUUUCUUCUGAGACGUUUGCCAUUCUUUAAGCUUAAUUACUUACACCUGAGCUUGAUUAGACAAACCUUAAAGAGAAAAAGCUCUGUUAUUGCAAUUUAGGUGCACAGCAAAACCUGCCGUUGGUUGAACUGCAGUGCAAUGCAGUGUGUGGCAGAGUGGUUGCCGUGCGCAGGUGUGGUGACAUCACGGACCAGGAAAUGAAACCAUAACAAUGUUUUAUACGGGAAAAACGGCGCCGCUGCGCUCAUAUUUAAUAAUUAACAAAAUAAGAGUUUAAACAAAAAAACACACAAAACCAAACAAAGUAAAACAAACACAAACACUUUCAAACAAGUAUAUUUUCGAUAUAGCAAUUGUUUCUCUAUUCGUUUAGACUCACAUUUCUCCUCUGACACUCUCCUCGCAAUAAGCCUGGAGUGCAUCUUUUUAUAUUCUUUGGCUGUAGCCUUAAUGACCUAAUUUUAAUACAAUAAUUACUAAUUAAGGCUCCAGCCACAUUCCCACGAGGGUUCUAGGAAAGGGUU